GUUUUACUCUCCGUAACGACGUAUCCGAAGGUUUUCCGAAUGGUUUGACAGUGCUGCCAUCUUUCACGUGUGACGUGAACUGAGAUGCUUGUCAUCUGCACCAGUCAGUCCAGCGGCUCAGUGACGUACACAACCUGCACAUGCAUGACAUGGUGUAAUACCAACAGUGACUAAUACAUCGAUUUUUAUUGUGCUUAGGACUAUUAUUCACUGCUGCCAGCAUGGCUUGACAGAUUUUAUCUGAAUAACCCCUUUAAUCAGAAAACCUAGGACCUGCCCAAGGCCAGCCAGCUGUCAGCACAGAAUCCCUAAUGGCCUCCAGAGGGAGAGAUGCUCAUUUGCCGAUGUUGAUGAGGCCACAGCGCAGAUCUUCUGCCACUGCAUCAUCUUGGAUAGACCCGUCAUAUCAACCAAAGACACUACACACCCAGGGCACAGGACCAAUACCGUACGAGUCCUUGGAUCUUGAAGAUGAGGCUGUGGAAGGAAACGUUCUUGUGUUGUACACCGGUGGAACUAUCGGGAUGAGGUGCCAUGAUCAAGUCUAUAUUCCCGAAGCCAACUACCUGGUACAGGAGCUGCGCAAACUGCCUAUGUUCCAUGAUCCUGAUUAUGUACUCAAAUUAUCACCAACAGCUGAGAGUGAAGAGGAGUCCGAGAAACCACUUGUUAUGCCUUUAUCAAAGGAGGGAAAGCAUAUAAUCUACAGCGUAUAUGAGUAUGAACCUCUUCUCGAUUCCUGUAACAUGACAAUGGAUGAUUGGGCUCGUGUGGCUAGAGACAUUAAGAAAAACUACAACUAUUUUGAUGGAUUUGUGAUACUGCAUGGCACUGACACAAUGGGAUACACAGCAUCUGCUUUGUCGUUUAUGUUGGAGAACCUUGGAAAACCAGUCAUUCUCACAGGAUCCCAGAUUCCUAUAUUUGAGACCCGGAGUGAUGGGCGUGAUAACUUCCUUGGUGCACUGAUAAUUGCUGGGCAUUAUUGUAUCCCAGAAGUGACUCUCUAUUUCCACAAUCAUCUUUUCCGAGGCAACAGAACUACGAAGGUUGACAACAGCAGCUUUGAUGCAUUCGAUAGUCCUAAUCUUCCCCCCCUGGUCAGCAUGAAAAUUGGCAUCAACAUUGACUGGGAGGCAGUGUUUCCACCAAAUACGACCGAGGCAUUUUCCAUUCAUGUCAAUCUCUGCCCAAAUGUUGGUUUGUUAAGAUUCUUCCCCAGUAUAACAGUCGAAUUGGUGCAGGCGUUCCUUCAGCCUCCAGUGCAGGGUGUGGUUCUGCAGACGUAUGGUGCUGGUAAUGGACCAGAUGCCCGGAAGGAUCUGCUCGCUGUGUGUCGGGAAGCAUCCGAGAGGGGUGUCAUCAUCAUUAAUUGUACUCAGUGUGCUCGAGGGGUUGUGAAUGCAGCUUAUGCAACUGGAAAGGCAUUGCUGGAUGCUGGAAUCAUUCCUGGAUCUGACAUGACCCCUGAGGCCGCUCUCACCAAACUCUCAUAUGUGCUUGGCAAGGAUGUGUCUUUAGAGGCAAAGAAGAAGAUGAUGAAGCAAAACCUCCGAGGAGAGAUGGCAGUAGCAAUGACGAGGAAUACAUCUAUCAGUGAUUUUACCCUCAUCGAUAAAGUAGCCGAGGCAAUGAGUAUGAGCUCAGCGGAAGAGGUGCAGAUGUUGAGGAAUGCCCUCUAUCCAUCACUUAUGUGUGCUGCGACCAAGUCUGGAGAUGUCGCCACGCUUGAAAGACUUAGAUCUAAGGGUGGUCAUUUCUAUUUCACCGACUACGAUAACCGCACACCAUUACAUAUCGCAGCAUGUGAAGGCCAUUUCCAUGUUGUUCAAUAUCUCCUUCAUAAUGGUGCCAGUGUCCAUGCUAAAGAUCGAUGGCAUGACACGCCAUUGCUGAAUGCUAUCAAGUUCGGUCAUGAAGAUGUGGUGAGGUUACUAUUGCAAUGUGGUGCUCAUAUCACGUCAUCAAGUGUGAAAAAAGCAACAGAAUUAAUUGAUGCUGUAUUAGAAGACAAUCUCUCAAGAAUACGGUGCCUCAUUUCUGCUGGUGUCAAAGUCAAUUGUGGUGAUACAAAUAAUAGGACAGCUUUACACGUUACUGCUGCUAAAGGCAAUCUCCACAUGACCAAAUACUUACUCGAGCAAGGAGCAGACUGUAAUGCCGUUGACAACUUUGACACCACCCCCGCAACUGAGGCAAAGAAAUUCGGUCAUACAGAAGUUAUGAAUCUAUUCGAUGGGACUGGUUUGGACAUGAUGAACUUAUCACUUGGGGAGACUGGCACAGAUACCCCUUAACCUUUUGGAGCCCGAGUUUCCACAGAAAUACGACCCCAUAAAGCCCGAGUUUCCGGAGGAAAAUGUUGUUUACAUCACAUUUGACGCCAAAAUAUUCACGUAACUCAAAUUUCCACCUUGGAAAACCUUAUAUGAAAAUCAUGCUCAGCUACCGCAGUAUGUAACCAAAGUUGUCAUUUGGAAUACCUCAGUUGCACAUAGCUGUAGUAAGUGUUCUAUGUGAUGGGUUGCCGAGUGAGUUUUGGCGACUAUAGUCGAGAUCGGGUAAACAGAGAGGUUUUUCUUUGGCAACUAAAGACGAGAUCGGGCUUCAAAGGGUUAAUCUCCCAACCACACUCUUUGGUGAUGCACUGAUCUCGAUGGAAUAUUUCACCCCUGGAAAUCUGGAGUUCAAUCUUUAAACAAACAUGGUAUUUGUGAAGACUGUACACCUUUCAGGAAAUUCCAGAUUUCACUUGAAUUUGUAACCAAAAUUGUUGAACUUUUGGUUGCUAUUUAGUUCACUAGUUAUUUUCACAGAUUUCUAGCUCAGCUGACAAAGUCAGCGGAGCUAGUCAAAUAGCUAAUGGAUUGGUGUCCGUCCUUCCAUCCUGCCAUCUAGCCAUCCUUCCUUCCAGCCAUGUUGGGCAUUUUGUAACCGUAGAACUGCGGCACUUCAAAUAUGGUCUUGUAUGUUAACACUGCAGGAAAGGGUGCUUACAGAAAAAAUCAGUGCGAUUCGACUCAAAUUCAGCUCCCCAGGUGGCAAAAUGCGUAAUUGACCAAACAAUUUUUUGCCGCUCUAUUCUAGCAGAUAAAAGCUUGAAAUAAACUUGAAGAGGUCUUCAUGAUAUAGAAGUUUUGAUAUAAAAUAGAUUAGUGUCGAUUUAUAUCACUAGUUGGCGGUAGUGGGCAAAACUGUUGUUUGACCCCGGAUGACCCCGCUUUAAAUUUCCCGCCGCGAACUGACAUGAAAACCUCGAACCAGGGAAUACCGGACUGCUGGUAUUGCCAGUGCAUCCACUGUAUGAAUGGCUCGUCUGGGAUAAAUUGACCACUGCGCGGUCGAGGUUACCUGGAGUACUAUCAUCAAGAAAAUGGCGAUGACCUUUUUAUUUCUACCGGAGCGAUGAUUUUGUAAGUGACAAAUUUUCUUAUUUAAGCCUUUACGGAAAUGUAUUUUGGUACUACUAUUCUGCAGGAGUAUAUUAUAGCCAUUGAUGUUGACAGCUAAAAGCACGAAAACUUUGUUUAUUAUCAAACUGUAUCGAGUGUUAUCGAAUCGAAUGGAUGUGUCGAUCGUCGGGGCGGAUUGAUAUGUGGUUGUGCGUCCAAGGCGAUUAGGUCAUUCAGUUAGUUUGAGAAAGAUCAUGAUCACGAAGAUGCGUGUUGUGUUAUCAUAACCGGAAAAUAAGUUGAAGUUAUUAGUAGUACUACGAUUCUUACAUGAGUAAAAAGUACGUUUUAAGCAACACAAUAAUGUUACUCUCAUAAAAAAACUGUCAAUUCUCCUUACCACUCACAGAAGCCAAGCCAUUGCUGUUAAGUUAUGCAGGGGCUUAAUCAAUUACCUGCACUCCCUGUGGGGUGAAUAACAUUACCUUUUGAACAGCUGGAUGUAGGGGGAUGAUUGGAACAGCCGGUAUACCUGCUGACCUGCUGAACCCAGGUUAAUGUUAUUUUCAAUCCACGAUUGCAGGUCACCUGAUUUUCGAGAUUUCGCGGGAAAUGAAAUUGUAAACAAACGCAUGUGUGCAGUUCAAAUGUAAACAAAAAUGUAUUUUUGGUACUUUUGGUUGCUGGACUUGGGUUUUCCCGCAGUUAGGAGCUGGGGUCAAAUUGGUGGUCUAUUGUUUAUGGGUGCUGUUUUAGUCAGAUGUAGUCCUUGAUUAUGAAGGGAUUUUCAAAUUAAGGUGACCAUGGUCUUUUUAUGUGCUCACCACAGCUUUCAAUACUUGAUGUAUCUGAAGAGGCGCGCGGAACCUGACAUGGCCUUACCAAGGAGCUGCUCACGGUGCUGAACUUCUAGCUUGCCUGUCGACUAAGUGCCUUUUUGGCCGAGACAUUGCUACAUGUAGGAGGAGCACGCAUUUUAAAUUAAUAGUAGUGAUAGGACAGUUGGUUCGAGCCAUUUGGCAGCCGACAUGUGAAGGCCUAUCUGGGAUCUCCUUCUUCUCCUUAUAAAAAGGGGCAUAUUGCUGACAAAGGAACAAGGCAUAUUGACAUUGCCUCAUCAUCUCUAUCAGACCAAUUGAUAUACUUUUAUAUGCACGCAUACAACACGCCAUUUCAGGGUAAUGUCUGUGGACAAUUGGUUUGAUUAAUUUGUCUCUUCGAUAUUGCUCCUUUAUUGCAUUAGAUUUUCAUCGCAAUUCAAUCUAUUCAAGAUAUAGCCAAUUUGAACCUGUCUGCGCCAAGGAUAGAUUUGUUCCCGAUCGACUCACUAGGGAUACGCAGUAGAGCACAAUGUCAUGAAAAAUAACCCUUUGUAUUAUAAAUUCUAAUCACCUGCAGGACAGGUCAAUUUCUCUCACUAAAAUUAAUUUUGUUGACUCCUGUAAUCUCUACCUUAUUAAAAAAAAAGACAGUGGUGUUAGUCCCAAACUGGUAAUUUCUAUUUAUUUUGACCUCUGUUAAAUCAGGAUACCUCUCAAUUACAGACAGCAUUUUGUAUCCUUGUGCUGUACAACCCAGCCUGGACAUACCACAGUUGUCCAUGGAGAAGUCUCAUCCUCUCUGACACUUCUUUUCUGUAAAGCUACCGAUACAACAUACUGAACUAGGGAUAUCUUCCGUUGCCUCCUGUAAUAUUUACAUACCAUGGCUGAUUAGUUCAAUCAUAUUUCAUCCAGCUGGCAGCUCUGCAUUGAAAAUUUUAGUGGUAUAACGUGUUCUCUUGACCUUCAAACAGUAGUAUAAAGCCGAUAUUUACUACUUUGCACCAUCAGUCCUCUGUUGUUAGGUCAUCCAGCUGAGCGCCAGGCCCUUGGGCCUCUUGUUGCUUCACGCUAUUGUUUUCGAGGUAGACCAAACUGACAAGGAGGUGUUAAAGGUCAAUUACUAUGACAGUGUCUCGCACUCGUCUCGAGUAUUGGGUUUAUCGCAAGACCCUAGCAAAAUUUCUUGUUUGAAACUUAACACUUUUGGGAAGCUUGGUACACUUGGUACGCAGGGCGUAUUAUGUAUUUCCCACACUAUUUCCGUAUGAUACGCUCCCAACACAGCGAUACAUGAAGUGUAAGGUGCUGCCAUCUCCUAAUAGCUCAUAAGACUAAAGCUAAUUGUUUGGCGAAUCUGUUCUGGCUGGUUUGCCGGGUUUUCCCAGGAUUUUGGCGCAAAUUGCGCCGUGGCACGUGACAGCAAUAAUGGCGAAAAGACAGUCGUCCUCUUUUACGGCGGAGGAGCUGGUGGGGAUGAUGAUAUCGAUUUAGGAGAGUAUGGUUUGAGUGACUGUGGUAGGGAAAAUGAUUCCAACUGGGAAUUUGAUCAUGUUUAUCAGCCCCCCCCCCCCCCCCGAAGAAGACUUGAGAAAUUUCAUUUAACUGCAUUUAUUUCCAAAAUAAUAUCAACAUCAGAUGGUGAUGUUAUCACCUACACAGGCUUGUAACAUUCACAAAACAAUUUGGAUGUAAAAAAACAGCAUGGGCCACUUUUUUUUUCAAACAUAACUGCCGUCCCGAAAGGGUUAAACAUCCCGUGUUCAUCUUAAAAUGCCAGUGUUGAAAAAUAGUUGUUAUAAUGUUGAUCUCAAUUUACCUACAUGUAACAUUGAACCCUUGUUAGGUUAGGCCCUGAAAGACCUGUAGAUUUGGGGAAAAGCUUAUGUUUAUUCAUGUUUUGAUUUUGUCUGCAUCUACAAAAUGUAGCAAGAUGUUCGAUUUAGUUGAAGUGCUAUUUCCUCAAAAUCGCCUAUGAAUUAACCGACACUUUUGAUACAUACAAGUAUAUUUCUUUAUUGCAUAAUCAAGCCAUAAAGUGUUUGAAUUAAUUAAUUAUGGGUGUUUUUUUUUGGACGAAGAUUUUUCAAAUUUAUGGGCCAUUUUGUAGUGAGUAUGGUUGAUAAUAUGCUAAUUGACCAAACAACUCAUGCAUGAUAGGGCGGUGAUUAUAAGAAUUAUUUGAUUAAAACUAAAUUAGCUUGAUUUGGCACUUGUUGAACUAUAAUUAACUCAAAAUAACCAAUGCUAAUUGACAGUCAACAAUUAAUAUACUUAAAGGGAAGCUAUGGGAAUAAAUUGAUGCAGCAAAAUCAAAUAUUUUUUUAAACAAAUACAUCCCAAGUUACAUGACAAACAAAUACUCUACACCAAGGAUAUGAUGAAUAUUCCUAGAUAGUGCAGAAAAUUGCAUUUAAUAAGCAGUUUGCGGGGGUAGCCAUGUUUGUUCAAAUCUCCCGGGCGAAUGACGUCAUGGAUGCAGUGGGGUUUUUUCAUCAAGGCGAGUACUACUCGUUUCCACUAAGUUUCCAGACCUUUUUCUGCCCUGGUACCUUGGCUCAAACGCAUAGUGAACUAGACCUGCUCGUUCUUCUGCUGAUGCACGGUUGUAAUCGAAGGAUUCAUCGACGGACAUCGACGAAGAACCCGAAGAAAUCGAAGAACUGUCAUCUGUCAUUCCAAGCAUUCGCCAUUGUUCGAAGAGCUAAUUGUCACAAUGGCUGCAUCCAUGACGUCAUUGGCUCUCCGUUUGGAGGAGAGACCAGAUUAAAAUCCACCAAGAUGGCGGCAUACUUGAUUCAAAAAUAAGCAAUUAAAAUCAUCCAUUUCACUCAUUAAUGUUUGUUUAUUUAUAAAACCAAGAGCCACAGUUGUUUUUUAGAAUACGCAGUUUACGUAGAUGUUAAGGUUGUAACUGUUGGUCAAAUGGGGAAUCAUUCCCAUAGCUUCCCUUUAAAUGUCCAUCUGGCAAGUUACAAUGCAGGCCAGAAAAGGCGCAAAGAUUGCAAAUAUGCAUGUGCCAAAUUAGGCGUAAUUAGUAAUAAUUGACCUCUAACACAUCAUUGUCCGCUUGGAAACAAUAGCUGGAAGCCAUGUUGCCGAACCAGUUAUAGAUUCUGUGUGACUAUAAACCUUGAAAUGUUUGCGAAGCUUAACCCUUUAACCCCUUAACUGUUUAAUGAAAUUUUGAAAAGCGACUGCACAGUGUUUAACUUUUUCAGGCAUAAUUGCUUUUUGUUCGAAACAAUUGUUGAAAAAUAUAAACAUUGCUUUAAAUCACUAUCACAUAUUUUCCUUUAUUUUUCGACAGCUAAUUUUUUUUCUAGGGCAAUUUGGGUU